GCCCUAUUUGUUUCACUCGCAACAGGAGCGAUAAGGGCAGCACUGUUCGUUACUUUCUGAUUUACAUUACGUUCCUGCUGCUCUUUCGAGAAACAUCAAGAACAAACAACAACAACAACAACCACAGAUGGCCCAGUGGCAGGCCCUGCUGAGGCUGGACGCUGCCCUCCAGGCCCGGGUGAGCCAGCUGUAUGAGGGGAAGUUCCCCAGAGAGAUCCGCCACUGCCUGUGCGUCCUGAUAGAGAGCCUGGACUGGGAUUCAGCAGCUGGGAAGGAAAAUGAAGCAUUCACAUGUUUCCAUGCACUGCUGAGGGAUCUGCAAGAACGGUUUACCCGUUCUGUGCAGGAGAACAGCCUUUUACAGGGACCUGAUUACAAUGGGAUGAAAGAAUACCUGCUGAAAUACAAGCCUCUGAACUUGGCUCUAAUCCUUUCUGAAUGCCUGAAGGAGGAAAAGAAGAUCUUGGCUUCAGUCUCUGAAGCACAGACUUGUUUCAGUCCAGACACGGAUCAAAAAUGGAAAGAUUUGGAUAACAAAGUCAAUAAACUGAAAACACUGAUUAUGGUAAAAGAAGUGGAGCUGCGGGAGUGGAAGCACCGGCAGCAGCUGGCCUGCAUCGGAAGCCCAGCUGACACCUCUCUGGACCAUCUCCAGGAGGGGUUCACAUCUCUGGCCGAGGUGCUACUGCGAGUGCUCAAACAGCUGCAGGAGCUGAAAGAGCAGAACGACAAACACGACAGCACUGAUGCCUCCAGCCAGCCCGGCCCCAUGGCAGUGAUUGAAAACCAAACACGGUCCUUGUUGACACAACUACUCGAAAAUGCUCUGGUGGUUGAGAUACAGCCUGUCAUGUCGAGUUUACCAAAACGACCUCUGAUACUGAAGACCGGGGUGCGCUUCUCAGCGAAAGUGAGGUUCUUGGCAAACCUUCCAGAAUUACAAAAGUGCCUGCACAAAGUCAAACCUGUAUUUGACAAGGAUGUUGAAGAAGUCAAGACGGUUAAAUGGUUCCGUCACUUCUACUUCUGCAGGGAUGAAUGUAAGAUGUUGGACGUGGACACGGCCAAAGCAUGCUUGGUGGCAGAAUUUGGUGACAUGACUCUCCAGGAAAUCAAAGGAAAAGCCAAAAGAUCAAUAGAGAGUCGCCUGGUAGUCACUGAAGAACUCCACAUCAUUAAGUUUGUGACUCAGUUUCACUAUGCUGGACUCAAACUCAACAUUGAGGCCAGCACUCUGCCUGUGGUUGUCAUCUCCGCAACCACUCAGGUCACCAGCGCCUGGGCCUCCAUCAUGUGGUACAACAUUCUGCCUACCAGCGAAACCAGGAACCUGCAGCAUUUUGUGGACCCUCCUCCCCUCACAUGGGAGCAGCUGUCCCAGGUUCUGAGCUGGCAGUUUUUGUGCACUGGCAAGCGUGAGCUCAACGAAAACCAGCUCUCCAUGCUCAGAGACAAGUUUGUGGAUGAUCCCGAUGGUCUGGUUCACUGGAGCAAUUUCUCCAGGAAUGAACAUGCCUGGGCCUGGAUUGAUGGAAUCCUGGAUCUGAUCAAAAAACCCUUGGUUAAACUUUGGCAGGAUGGGUUCAUCAUGGGGUUCAUCAGCAGGGAGAGAACAGCUGAACUGUUGAAGGAAAAACAGACUGGGACCUUUCUGCUCCGCUUCAGCGAGAGCAAAAAAAAUGCCAUCAGCUUCAGCUGGGUGGACCACUCCAAUGGGGUGCCCUUUGUGCAUUCAAUAGAGCCCUACACCAUGGAUGAGCUGAAGAAGACGUCUCUGCCGGACUACAUCAACACUUACAGUCUGAGAGUCCGGAAGAGCACACUCACCAACCCGCUGAUCUACCUGUACCCAGACAUCCACAAAGACAUCGCCUUUGGACAAUACUACACUACCACCGCAGAGAAAAAGCUGAGCAAAGAUGGGUACGUUGGCAGAGAAAAGGUGGACCUCUCAGAUCAUCCUACACCACCUCCGUCUCCACCUCUGUACAUGGACAUCGAUAUGGAUAAUGUAAGAAGACCGGACAAUUGUGAAUGGAUGCAGGACUAUUUUCAUCCCAACAACUGGGACAUCUUAUGAAGAAACAGCAUUCGAUUUCUGAGAUCAGAAAGAAACCGAAUUGGAAAUGUUUUUCAUCAAGAAUGUUGUCUUAUGUGCUAAGUAAUUUGAAGAAUGUAAGUGUGCUAAAGCUUGAUCUUACAAAAUGUUGUAUCUUUUAAAAUGUCUAUGAAACUUGAUUAUGUAUAACUUUUUGAGAUAUGUGUUCUUUCAGGAAAUAUUCAGAGGGGGGUGAUAUACUGCUGUUGUGUGUUUAAAAUCACUUGACGUGCUGCUAAUGUUCUUGACUUGUGCUUUUUCAACUGAAAAUCUGAAUGUAUUCAAAUGCCAAGAGAAAUGGAACUAGCCGCCCCGGCUGUGGCGCAACUGGCUGGGGCACCUGCACCGUAUGCGGUCGACCCAGGUUCGAUUCCCGACCCGUGGUCCUUUCCGGAUCCCACCUCGACUCUCUCUCCCACUUUCCUGUCACUCUCCACUGUCCUAUCCGAUUAAAGGCAAAAAUUAGAAAUGGAACCGGCUUUUGGCUACAGCAAUAUAAUAAAAUCUUUAUUAAUGCACAGAAAGGGGCACAUUCAGUGGCCUGCUGUCUGCUGGUUUUAGUUCGCCUGCAUCACCUGGUAAACACUUGCAAAUAAAAAAAAACAUGUCAUUAUAGUCAUCAGUCAUUACACUAUACCUGAAAUAAAAGUGUCACUAAUGGGUAA